AUGGAGCAUUAUGAAAAGCAGUAUGAAAGACUGUCAAGAGCCACGAGGAAUCUAGAACAGGAAUACACCAGACAUCUUGUUGUAAACUAUUCAGAAAGAGUAUCUCAAUUGAACAUGCUUAUUGAUUCUUUACGACAGGAAGUGUCCAACUCCGAAGAGUCGAGAGGCAAGUUCGAAGACUCGAGGAAUAAACUCGAGGAAUCAAAGAGCAGAUGCAAAGAUUUGGAAAGGAAAAUAGAGAAUUUGCUAAGAGAAAAGAGUGAGAUGGAGGGGAAGCUUGAGGCAGCAGAGGAGAAAAUAGAGAAUCUUCAAAAGAAACUAAACAAAAUAGUAGCAUCGGAGCUAAGAAACGAGAACGCUAAUAGCGUCUGCGAAGAGACUAUCCUUAAAGAGCUAAGAUCAAACCAUGACGAGACAGUCAAGCUUAUACGACAAAUAAACAAGAAGAUACCAGAUACCAAAGUGGCUGAAGAUGGCCAAACGGGCAUCUAUCAAGGCAAGAUUAAGGCGUUGGAAAGCGAAAUCGAGGAUUUAAAGUCGAAAAACAGUCUUCUUUCAAGAAACGAAAGGACCAUUAAGGAGCAAAAGGACAGUAUUGUACUGCUUAAAGAUUCUAUUGAAGGUAAAGAGAAGACUAUCCAGUCUCAGAAGAGCCAGAUUGAAAUGCUAAACAAACAAAUAGAAAAGAUGCACAACAAUCCUUUUGAAGUAGAUUUUAUUGAUGGUAAAAGUGAUAAUAUGGUGUCCACCGGUGUUAUAGCAGUCCAGCAGAAAGAAAACAAGAUAAAUACUGUUGAUAGCAAGAACACGAUAAGCGAUCCGUGGGCCUUAAAAAUUCCUCGGGAACCGCCCUUGUCUAAAAAGGCCAAGAAGAAUGCUAAAACAGUAAAUGUAGAAAACAUAAUCAGGGAGGACAAUAAGAGUUUUUUCAACGACCUGUCAUUUUCUAAUUCCAGUCCGGUUGUUGAGAAGAGUUUCAGGAAAGCUUUUAAAUAA